AUGAAGGACGGCGAGUCAGUGCGCGCGUACAUCAACCGCGUGGAGGAGCUUGGCGAGCGCUUGGUGGAACUCGACGCGAGCGUGGAGGAUAACGAUUGGAUCAUGACACUCCUCGCGGGACUUGGUGAAGCAUGGUUAACGGUGAUCACGAUGUUGGAUGGGACGCAAGACACAUGGAAGAAGGAGCAAGUGGUGGCACGCCUCAUCAACGAAGAGGCGAGGCGCACGAAAUUGCAUGGAGAUGCAAUCGGCGCGGCACACUUCUCCCGCGAUGCGAAGGCAAAAGGGUCGGGUCACUUCAAGUGGCGCAACGACGGCAACAACCGCGGGAGCUCGAGCCGGAGCGCGGCGGCCUCAAGCUCAUCACGAGGAGGACCGGCCAACGCCAAUCGAGCUCGGACGCGCGACGGAGCUUGUCGUUUUUGCAAGAAGACGGGACAUUGGUGGCGCGAUUGUCCCGUUAAACCGGCAAAUUGGAGACUGUCUUCAAGUGACGACAACCGGCGCGCGCAUGUGGCGACAUGCGACAACAACGACCGGGAGUUCGUCUUCGUCGCAAGUGGAACGUCCGUCGGUGGUGUUGACGCGUGGGUACUCGACACGGGUGCUACUCAAAACAUGACGGCGUGCGCGGCGCUUCUCAACAACGUGACAACGGUGGCUCCCGUUAAGCGCGUGAUGUUCGGCAACCGUGACACGUUGGACGUCACGAGACAAGGCGACUUGCGGCUCAUGGUGAACGGCGGUCCACUCACCAUCAAGAAUGUCUUGGUGGUUCCCGGGCUCGGCGCCAACCUCCUCUCCGUUUCGCAAUUUACACGCAAGGGGAUGCGUGUGAAUAUUGAAGGGAGCAUGAUGGCGUUGAGCCUGACGGACGGAGUACACAUCGGCACGGCACGCCAAGCGGGAGGACUCUUCGUGCUCGACGCUCUCCCAAGUGUGGCGACGGCUCAAGCGGCUACCUCGACAACCACUCUCUCGACGUGGCAUAAUCGGUAUGGCCACCUCAACCACGCCGCUAUUCAAGCUAUGGCAACGAAGGGGAUUGUCGAUGGCUUGGUGUUUGUGCGCUCGGGUGGAGACGACGAGAAGUGUGUCGUUACGUUGGCAACUUGGAUUCGCAACCGGUUCGUGACCAAGGCGUUGCCGACCAAGAUGCCUCUUGAGGCUUGGAGCGGUACGAAGCCGGACGUCACCGACCUUCGCACGUUUGGGUGUACGUGCUACUACCAUGUCCCGGAUGCCACACGGACCAAGCUUGAGGCGAAGGCGCGGGUGGCGAUGUACUUGGGUCCAAGCGCGGAUCACAAGGCGUGGCGUGUGUGGGACUUGGAGCACGGGAAACUCGUGGUGUCGCGCGACGUGGUGUUCUACGAAGACACAUUCCCGUCCAAGUCCAUGCACGUGCCCUCGGUCAUCAUUGUCCCUCCACCCUUGGAUGUAGCGGAUGAGGCGGAUGAAGCUCCUACGAGUUCUCCUCCUAGUACGAGUGAGGGGGAGAAUGGAUCGGGUACGGUUGGAGUGAGUGGGGAUGAAGGAAAUACCACGGAAAGUGACCCUUCGUCCCCUCCUCCUAAAAUCACUCCCACCCUCGCAUCCACUCGCACUCGGAGGACUCCUCGUCCCAACUCCAAGUUGGAUGGCUACUCUCUUGUGGCGGGGGACGAUGAGGGAGGGGGAGAUGCUAUGUGUCUUGAGGCGUACACCGACACCCUGUCCACGUACCAAGGCGCCAUGAGCUCGGCGGAAGCGGCGGAAUGGGAACGUGCGCUUCAAGAGGAGUACGAUUUGCUCAUGGCGAACGACGUCUACGAGCGCGUCCCCAUGCCUCCCGGCGCCUACCUCGUUGGCUCUCGUUGGAGGGAGUGUUGGAAGUGUGGGGGACGGGAUUGCCCCCCACGCGAAGACCUCCCUUGA